GUAUGCUUGAUUAAGGUCUUUCUUGACUUGAGCGUGUGAAGCACUUCAACGACUGGAGCUUCAAGUGAGGUAACAGAGUUCUCCACUUCAAGCAAAUGGGCACAGGAGACGAGUUGCGCAGUACAAACGAGCUUUAUCGGGCAACCCUGCACAACGAUUGGGAAUCUCUGAAGAAAUUCUACCAAAAAAAUGUUGGUUCGCUGUCACUUCCUGUAACGGCCUCCAUGCCAUGGACAAUGCAUUUCACUUGGCGGUGUUCAGCAAGAGUAUAGAUCCGCUUCAAUUUUUACUUGAUAUUUCCAAAGAACAUUCUGUGGUAAGGUAUGGCUAUUUAGAAAAAAGUGGCAACGGGAACACACCUCUUCAUGAGGCUGCAGCCAAUGGGAACCUGGAGGCCGUAAAGGCUUUGGUCUUUCAUCAUUGGAGGCUCCUCGAGGAAGAUAUUGAAGAUCCACCUAGGGAAAAGCUCCAAGAGGCUGUGAAUGAGGAUAAAGAAACCCCGCUUUUUCUUGCUGCUGCAUUUGGGAAAACAGAGGUGGUGAAGUUUUUAGCUGAAACAUCAUUUGAAUCUCACAAAAGAUUAAUAUACCAAGAAGAAAAAGGAAGGACUGAAGAAGAAAAAUAUUCUAAGCUUAAAAAUAUUCACCGCCAAAACAUACGCUCCAUCAAGGUAAAGCCCAAACCUAAAGCCUCCAAUGAACGGCCUGGUGCCAUUCAAGGUGAAAUGAUAUCAGAGCCAGAGCCUGAUGCCUCCAUUCUGCACGUUGCCAUCACAGGCCACCUUUUUCCAAAUUCCCGCACCCGCUUCUCUUCCCGCACCCGCGGCACCCUUUUCCAAAUUCAAGGUGAAAUGAUAUCAGAGCCAGAGCCUGGUGCCAUCAAAGAAGAAAAGCUUGAUGCCUCCAUUCUGCACGUUGCCAUCAUAGGCCACCAUUUUGACACGGCUCUAUAUUUACUGAAGAUGGAUGAAUCGUUAGCAGCACUCAGGGACGGACAUGGCUGGACCUCUCUUCACCUACUAGCAACCAUGCCCUCAGCUUUCGAAAGUGGAUAUCAAUGGGGCAGAUUGUUCUACAGAUUCAUAUAUUUCUGCCUUCCAGUCGGUGACAAUGCAGGUGAUGAUAAAAAAGGGUGGCUUAAGUUACCGGAAAAAAUCCGUGCACUAGUAAGGAGUGACAUCUUGGAAGAAAAGAGAAAGCAUAAACUUGCUUUCAAACUAGCGGAGACACUGAUAAAAAAAUAUUCUUCUUGGGAUGAAAUCAUUCCGUUUGAUAAAGACCACUCUUCAGAAGGAGAUUAUGAGCCAAUCCCGUUAUUCCUGGCGACUGAAAACGGAAUAGUAGAAAUUGUGAACAAGAUACUGGAAGUAUGUCCCCAGCUAGUUGAGCAUUGCAAUGAUCUGGGUCAGAACAUACUGCAUGUGGCAAUUAAGCACCGUCAAUAUGAAAUCUUCAAUCAUGUGAAAAAUAUGGAAAUACCAAUGAAAAAGUUAGUCCGAAAGGUUGACAAAAAUGGCUACACCAUCUUACACCAUGCUGCAGACAUGAAGCGAGAGACUACAAAGCGUCACAUAGCAGGACCUGUAUACCAACUCCAGGAAGAGAUAAAGUGGUACAACCGUGUAAAGGAGAUCACGCCCGCCCACUACGCCAUGUUUCGCAGCAAGAACGGAAAGAAGACUGGCAAAGAGCUAUUCAAUUUGAAGCACAAUAAACUACUCGUGCAAGCACAGACUUGGCUAAAAGGCACUUCUCAGUCUUGCUCUGCAGUGGCUGUUCUCGUUGCUACAGUGGUCUUUGCAGCUGCGUACACUGUGCCUGGAGGUUUUAAUAAUCAGGGGUAUCCAAUUUUCCUCAACAGAACUCUCUUCUUGCUUUUCACAGUCAUGGACGUUAUUGCUUUGGCCUGCUCCUUAACCUCCGUUGUAAUGUUCUUGUCCAUCCUCACAUCUUCUUAUAAGUAUGAUGAAUUCGUCCACGAACUCCCCCAUAAACUCACAAUAGGCUUCACCUUGCUCUUCAUUUCAUUGGCUGCAACAAUGAUUGCAUUCGCAGCAACAUUAUUGCUCAUAGUUCGUUUGGAAAAGCCACAUUGGACCACCACUCUCAUUUAUACUGCUGCAUUUUUUCCUAUCAGCAUAUUUGUGCUAAUUAAUUUUCCCAUGUAUGCUGCAUUUGAGAAUACUUUGCUCAAGUUGUAUCGUAGAUUGUUUAAGAUUUGUCGUGUCAGCUUCCAGACAGCGUUCCUUUGCAGACAAAGCAGCUCCCAAACAAACCGAAUCGCACACGAAGCAGCUUGAGAACGAUGGUCAAUUGUCAGAGGAGACUGUUAACGAUAAUAAGCCCGAGCUCCCAGUCUGACAUUUAUGUUAGUUGAGGCUGAUAAGUGUAUAAGACAUUGCAAACUAGUAUGACCCUGUUUUCAUUAUCCUGAGUUUCAUCAAGUCAACAGUGAGUGUCAAAUAAGAGAGUAUUUUACUCUUGUUCUGUUAAAAUUUUAUGUCAAACAAGAGAAUAUUUUACUUUUUGUCCUGAUAAAUUUUAUGCAAG